AUGAGUAGUGAUACUGAGCAAGUGUCAUUUUCGACAGCACUCGAAGAGACCUUCUUCGAUGCCGUAGAGGAUAUAAAAUGUAAUUCAUCCCAACUUGUUCCGGAAGUUCCAGUUGAACUCUCUUUCCAGGAUUGCAACAAUGAAGCUGAAACGGGUUUAGUUAAUACAUCUGACACCUCAAUGAAGCUCCUCAACGAGACGUAUUCUCUAUCUGCAGAAACAUCUCCUUUGUUGGACAAUCCUCUGCCCUACUUAGACGACGCUAUCAAGUCUAUUCAAGUUUUGUCCUCAGACCCAGUCAUUUAUUUGAGAAAUUCGCCACCAGCUCCUUCCUCUACCCUUUCUCAAAAUCCAAAGCAAAAUUUUGGUUCCAUAAAUUCGUCAGAUUUGGUAAAUCUCAACAUUAGAGAGACCCAUGGUGGUGUCUGCACAGCUCCGACUCCCUCAAAAGAAGAUCAGACCACAGUAGAUCAGAUCGGCUACCUUCCCUCAUUUCCUGUUGAAUUUCAUGGAGUCGAAAAAGUUGAGACCACCCAGCCCGUUGUUGAUGCUGGCAACAAUGACAGUGAAGCUGAAGUGUUCGAAUUUCGUGGAAUAAGUGAUAGAUUUGGUCUUACUACAGAAUCAGCAAACGUUGUUAAUUUUAUUAGCGAUGAGCAAUUCAUGACUGAAACGGAGAAAUAUACAAGCAUUUCCAUGGAGGAAAAAGCGGUUUCUGAAGAUUUAAAUAACGACUUAAAUGAGCCAGAAAAUGUUACCAUAGACCGGGAAUUAAUCAGCAAAUUGGACGAUGCGACUUCCCAACAGGUCGAAACAGUUGAAUUCGACGUUUCUCAUGAAAUUGAGGAUGCAAAUGAAGUUGCAGAUACCAUAAAUGGGGUAGAUGGUAAUUUCGACGAAAAAGUGGUCAAACCUAUUGCCCCCGUUGAUACAGCCGACCAAGGAUGUGACGAUACUAUUGCAGAUGCUACGGCUGAAACCGAGGUGGAUAACAAUGGCACAAGUGUCAAGAUGGACACCGAAGGUGUUGAAGCGGAGCAAACGGUGCUUGAAAUUUUGGAGGAAUAUCGAGAAAAACGCAAGCCGAAUCCCCCCAAACGAAUGCUCACGGCUGAGGAAGACGCAGCCAGAAAUAAGUGGCCAAGAAUGACAAAGGAGGUGCUUCGAAAAAUUUGCAAAGAACAAAAACUCUACCAAACGCCCUACCUUAAUGAUAUUCUCUACUUGCACUAUCGAGGCUUUGGAUGGAUUGAGAAUUUGGAGGACUACACAGGUCUGCGAUGUCUCUUUCUUGAUGUCAACGGGAUCGAUGAGAUUGCAGGACUAGAAUACCAAACGGAGAUGCGUUGUCUCUUCAUGUCGAAGAAUCUCAUUCGACAAAUCGAAAACCUCGACCAUAUGGUCCACCUGGACACUCUGGAUGUUAGCCAUAAUAUGAUUUCAAAAAUUGAAAAUCUUUCAAUGCUACCAGUCCUAAAGAAGUUGGUCAUUUCUCACAACAAACUCGAAACUCUGGAGGGCAUUUUGCACCUUCGCGAAUGCAAAGCUCUGACUGUCGUUGAUCUUCAGCAGAACCGGAUUGACAACUCUGCAGUUCUGGAGGAGAUCUUUGCUCAAAUGCCCAAUCUGCGGGUCCUCUACAACCAAGGCAACCCUUUUGUUCGAGAAGUGAAGUACUAUAGGAAGAAUUUCAUCAAUCAAUGUAAAGAAUUAACCUACCUGGAUGAUAGGCCCGUUUUCCCAAAGGACAGGGCAUGUGCCGAGGCAUUCUACUGCGGUGGACCAGAUGAAGAGUGUCGUGUCCGCAAGGAGCUCAAUGAUGCCGAACACAAACGACUUAUGGAUAGCUGCAACUGGUUAACAGAGCGACGCAAGAAAAUAGAGGCGGCGAAUCAGGAGAAGGAGCUAGUGGAAAAGGCCAGAGGGGAAAAUCUUCCCACUGACGACAUCCAUGUAAAUCCAGAGGAUAUGGACUGGCUCUACGGAGCAGAGCAGUUGAAACAACCCAACACGGCGGGCGGAGAUGUUCAGGACGUCUCAAUUCAAGAUACUGCUGCAUCUGCACCUCCGGUUGAUAGCAUGGAGACUGAGAAUUCAACUGUUGACGCUCUUAAUGAUGACGACGCUAGCACUGAAAGUGAGAUUGAGGAAUUCACUCCCUCUAAAGUAUUGAGGCAGAUGGAAGAACAAAAUAUUGAUCAUGCGGAGUCGUUUUCCGUGCCAAUUGAUACAGACCAAUCGGAUGAGCCUGUUGUGGAAGUAAGUAUGCCUACUCUACAGGCCGAAAAGGCUUCUUCGAAGUCACUAUUCGAAGAAUGUGAUGAUUUCAGUUGGAAGUCGAAACUACUUAUCAUGAAAGAUGAUUAUGAAAUCACCGAAUCUGUGAGAGCCAGAGACGAUGACGAAGCUUCGCCCCAAGCCCUGGUGGAGGAUGUUGAGGAUGGAAGGAGUGAGGAGAUGGAGCGUGGAAGCAGUAAAGAGGGGGAUCUCUUGAAGUGUCAAAUCCUCGAGGCAGCAGCAAGUGUUGGUUCGACAGAUCCCAAAUUCAGCAACUACAACCGCGAUGUAACAAGGGCUGCUGGAGCUAGGCUUUGUCGUGCCAACCGCGAACUGCGCAUUGGCUAA